CCGAGCAGGCAGCCGCAGAAGAAGAAUCACAACUGAGAGGGCAGCAGGACUGGAGCAGACCCAGCAGUCUCAGCCUCAUGCUUCACUCUGGGCACUUCUCCGCCGCCUCCUCCUCCUGCCCGCUGUCGUCAACGUUGUGACAAUAUAUAUUUUUUUAUUUGUAUUAUUUUAGCCACAAACAACAACAAAAAACAACAAAAAAAAGUGGAGGGGGGGGAGAAGGGGGCCGAGUCAUGGAGCUUUAUUGCCUGGAGUCGGACAUAGUCGUGAGAGCCCAGCCUGACCCAAACAUCCUCUAUGAUGACAGAGUGUUGCAAAGUUUAUUAACAAUUGAGGACAGGUUUUUACCUCAAUGCUCUUACUUCCAGCGGGUCCAGAAGGAUAUUCAGCCUUAUAUGAGACGAAUGGUUGCAGGUUGGAUGCACGAGGUGUGCGAAGAGGAGAAGAGUAAUGAAGAUGUCUUCCCUUUAGCCAUUAAUUAUUUGGACCGAUUUUUAGCGGUGAUGCCCAUGAGAAAGAGUUAUUUGCAGCUUCUGGGAGCUGUGUGCAUAUUCCUGGCCUCCAAGUUAAAGGACUGCAGGCCGCUGUCGGCAGAAAAACUUUGCAUGUACACAGACAACUCCAUCACACCGCGGGAACUGCUGGACUGGGAGCUGGUCGUGCUGGGGAAGUUGAAGUGGAACAUGGCCUCUGUCAUCCCCAAUGAUUUUAUAGAGCACAUCAUACGCAGGCUCCCCCUCCCCAAAGACAAGCUGGCGAUGGUCCGCAAACACACGCAGACAUUCAUCGCCCUCUGUGCCACAGAUGACCGCCUUGCCAUGAACCCUCCUUCCAUGAUCGCCACUGGCAGCAUGGGAGCCGCUGUCUGUGGCCUGCAACUGGACCACAGUGACCAGAGGCUGAGUCGAGACAACCUGACGGACCUGCUGGCCAAGAUCACCAACACAGAGGUGGAUUGUUUGAGGGCGUGCCAGGAGCAAAUAGAGCGUGUGCUGGCUACGAGCCUGCAGCAGGGCCAGCAGUACCGGCAGGAGACCGGCUUCAGAGCCGGCAACAAGGCGAGGGAGCAGCAGGACCAGUCCAGCACCCCCACAGAUGUACGUGACGUCAACUUAUGAACGCGCACACAUCCCUAAGGCCCGUUUUUUCCAAUGAACUUACUGGAGCGGGGGGAGGCACGAGCUGCCGGUAUCUACGUCAAGGUGCCACAUCGCCGAUGGCGUGACAAUCGAUGAACUUUUUAGAAAAAUAAGCAAUUUCUAGUUUUUCUCCUUUCUGCCCCAUUCAUACAUGGUUGAGUGUACCCUCACCUUUUUUGUACGGGCCACAUGUAAUAAAAAAAAAAAACUAUUUAAAAAAAGAAAACACCUUGAGAACUUGACCGUGCCUUAGGUUUCCCAGAAUGGAAACCUGAAUAUAUUUUCAUACUUGAAAGAAGAAAAAAACAGCAUAAUUCUAUGAAAUAUACAUAUUUCUUUUGAUAAAACAUAGUACAAAUAAAUAGUGUAUAUUUAGCUAGUAUUUAGUUACGUUACUCUUUUAUCAUCUUUAGUGAGCAGUUAUCGAUUCACCUGUGCAGGAAAACUGCUAUAGUAGUAAAAAUGCUGAUUUGAGUAGAUGGAAAUUAAACCAAGCUGAUAUCAGUCAGAGGAUCUCUAGCGCUAUCUAUCAUACUGUGCACCUGUAGCACUGCUUCCUAUUUAUGCUGUAAAGUGCUGGCCAGGAGUGGGCUGGGCCUGCUCACAGAGGAAGGACAUGAGGGGCUUUGAGUGGUUUGGAGCCGUGGCUUCUGUUAAAAGUUAACACGGAGGACAAGGUCUGUUAUUACGGUCUUGAUUUCACUGCCAAAUCCAGUACGGUGUGCUAAGUGGACGACAUGUAUUAUAAUUCAGCGAGGCUACAUUAUUAUUGUUCUUGUUCUAGCUCCUACGUGUUAGAAUGUUUGGGAGAUGGUUUGCAGGCGAUUCUAUGCCUCAGCGAGGUAGAUGUCAUGUUACUAGAGGAAAUGGAUAUUUGGCAAGUUUGUUUUUUGACUGGGUUUGAGAGGAAAUGGACGCAGGUUGAAGGUCUUUUUUUUUUUUUUUUUUUGGGAAAAGAAAUGCAUGUGCAAAGUGUGGGGAUGCUAGAAGUGUAGAUUGAUGAAUGACAGCAAAUUGGCGAGGAAGUUAACUUAAGCUAUGUAAUGUUUCUGCAGUUGCACGUUACUUGAGUGACACACAGGAGGAGGAGGAAUCCCCGGUGAUGUCCGGAGGGGAUCAGACUAGUUGUGCUGCAGUUCAGUUUCUCCUGUUAUCAAUUUCCAUUUCUUGGAACAAUAUUGAUGCACUUUUAAAAAAACACACUCCUUAAGAAUGGUAAGGGGAUGGUGGCUGAAGAGACUUCAGUGGGUUGUUAGGACCUUUUUUUUUUCUGUAAGUUAUUUGAUUUGAUUUGAUUUUUUUUGAUUUUUUUUUCUGGGCUGGAUUCCCAUGGGGUAACGCACAUUGUCUUGAAAGCUACGCCCCCAACACGUGAGAAGACGUAGGAUAAUCGGUGUUAUAGAAUAUAAACUAAUGCUGUGUUCACGCCAAACAUAUUUAGCUUUACUGCGUCUGUCGGAAAACAAAAAAUAAGCAGAUUGUGCCGUAAUUCAAAGGCAAUAAACGGUUAAUAAAGCAUGCCAAAUUAACUACGUAAUAAUGCCGAUUUGUAAAAGGUCCAAAUUCAUGCUUUGUAGGGUCUCGCCAAUGGCCGAAAAGCAAACUGUUAAUAAAAUGUAACGGCCUGUGUGUCAUACACCAUUCAGUCAAGUUUGUGGCGUGAACACAGCAUCUGGAAAGCCAAGUCACUUGUAGACUCUUUAUUGAUUCAGUGCGUUUAUUUAACCUUACUUGAAUUUUUUUGUGAAUCCAUAACCAAAACCUUCCAACAGUUCUUUCAAAAGAGUUACACACAUACCGUGUCCAUGUUUUUGCUCUUUUUUUUAUUUUUUAUGUAAACUGCUAUCUGGACUGACGUUUUAAAAUGAGUUCUCUCCAAUCUAGACAUCGGUAGGUGGGGGUUUACAUUGUGUGAAUGUUUUGACUGUAUAUAACCAAAUUCCCCAUGAGCAGAAAUGAAAGAAAUAAAAAUGUCCUCAUUACAUUUUAGAAAAAGAAAUGUAGUUUCUAAAUUGUAUUCUUGCAUGUUCUGUUGUGCAAAAAAAAAAAAGCCAAAUGUUUUUUCCAAACAAAGUGCUUCAAACAGAAAAAAUGUUUAUGCUUUUAAAAGUUUUGUGUAUAAUUUGAAAGAGAUAAUUCCAAAGUGAGAUCUAGAUCAUACACAUUCUUUUUGCUGCUAUGAAGCUUUUGUUUUCCAGUCUUACACAAAGAUGCCUUAUAUUGAUUCACUUGUGUGCUGCUAUAUUAUGAAAUGUUGUAUAUGUAACAAGUCUUCUUUGCUUUUCUGUUUUAUAUGUACUGGAGGGAACGUAACAGUUUGGUGCGGGACUGGAAGUACUUGUUUUUUUGCCGAUCUCUUUGAUUAGCAUGUUUUAUUAUUUUUAUUUUUUCAUUUGUAUCUUUAUAUUCUACCAUAUUCUUGCUGCUUCUUCGUAAUGUUUGUGUACCUCAGGUUAAUUUGGACAGAUAGAGCGAGAGCCCAUCUCGCAUUACCUCAUCAAGCUUCACAUCACUCACACAUUAUUUUUACUCUGAAUUUGUUGGACGGGUUUCACUUCUUUUUUUUUUCUUUCUGGAUGAGUAAGAACGAUGCUUCUUCUCUUUUAAAAUAAGAAAUGUCUGCCGCCAGAUUUCACUGAGCAGUUAUAAGUGCCUAUACAUUAAAAUAGGUUAUUUCAUAUAUCUUAAGUAAAAAAGAAAUAAAAACAGCCCUUACUGUACGUUAUACAUGUAUUGAAAAGACAAAAAAAAUAUUUUUGAAUUUCAUUUGCAUGUUUAGAUCGGUUCAUUGGAAUAAAGUGGAAUAUUGUUUAUUUUUGAGGUACCCAUUUAGUCAAAGUUUAAACCACGAGGAUGUUUUAUCAUUGUUCAGUGUGGUUGGUUUCUAAACUCCUCUCCCACUAUCCCCAUGUGCAACCACACAGUGUACCUCAACAAUUUCUCCUCAAUAAAUUGACUAAAAUCA